AUGUCAACACCACGAGUAAAGCCCCUCGAAAAAUUCAUUACAGCCACAUCAAAGUGCACUCUUGAGGGAGCUGCAUAUGGCAAAUGUAUCGCCGCUGAAUAUCAAAAUGUUCGCAAAGACAUGUGCGCAAAAGAGUUUAUGCAACUGAAGAACUGCUAUUUGGCAGCGGCAGGAAGAAAGCGAUAA